AUGGACGUGGACGUGGACGUGGACGUGGACGUGGACAUGGUCGUGGACGUGGACGUGGACGUGGACAUGGACGUGGACGUGGACAUGGACGUGGACGUGGACGUGGACGUGGACCUGGACGUGGACGUGGACGUGGACAUGGACGUGGACGUGGACGUGGACGUGGACGUGGACCUGGACGUGGACGUGGACGUGGACGUGGACGUGGACGUGGACAUGGUUGUGGACGUGGACGUGGACGUGGACGUGGACGUGGACGUGGACAUGGUCGUGGACGUGGACGUGGACGUGGACGUGGAUGUGGACAUGGACGUGGACGUGGACAUGGACGUGGACGUGGACGUGGACGUGGACGUGGACGUGGACGUGGACGUGGACGUGGACGUGGACGUGGACAUGGUCAUGGAUGUGGACGUGGACGUGGACAUGGACGUGGACGUGGACGUGGAUGUGGACGUGGACGUGGACAUGGUCGUGGACGUGGAGGUGGACGUGGACAUGGACAUGGACGUGGACGUGGACGUGGACGUGGACGUGGAAGUGGACGUGGACGUGGACGUGGUCGUGGACGUGGACGUGGUCGUCGAGGACGUGGACGUGGACGUAAACGUGGACGUGGACGUGGUCAUAGACGUGGAGGACUUGGAGGUGGACGUGGACGUGGACGUGGACGUGGUCGUGGACGUGGACAUGGUCGUGGACGUGGACGUGGACGUGGACCUGGACGUGGACGUGGACAUGGACGUGGACGUGGACGUGGACGUAGACGUGGACGUGGACGUGGACAUGGACGUGGACGUAGACUUGGACAUGGUCGUGGACGUGGACGUGGACGUGGACGUGGACAUAGACGUGGACGUGGAUGUGGACGAGGACGUGGACAUGGACGUGGACGUGGACAUGGACGUGGACGUCGUCGUGGACGUGGACGAGGAUGUGGACUUGGACGUGGACGUGGACGUGGAGGUGGACGUGGACUUGGACGUGGACGUGGACCUGGACGUGGACGUGGUCGUGGACGUGGUCGUGGACGUAAACGUGGACGUGGACGUGGUCGUGGACGUGGAGGUGGACGUGGACGUGGUCAUGGACGUGGAGGUGGACGUGGACAUUGACGUGGACGUGGUCGUGGACGUGGACGUGGACGUGGACGUGGUCGAGGACGUGGUCGUGGACGUGGACGUGGACGUGGACAUGGUCGUGGACGUGGACGUGGACGUGGACGUGGACAUGGACGUGGACGUGGACGUGGUCAUGGACAUGGACGUGGACGUGGACAAGGAUGUGAACAUGGACGUGGUCGUGGACGUGGACGUGGUCAUGGACGUGGAUGUGGACGUGGACGUGGUCAUGGACAUGGACGUGGUCGUGGUCGUGGACGUGGACCUGGACGUGGUCGUGGACGUGGUCUUGGACGUGGACGUGGACGUAGACGUGGUCGUGGACGUGGACGUGGUCGUGGACGUCGACGUGGACGUGGACGUGGACGUGGACGUGGACGUGGACUUGGACGUGGUCGUGGAUGUGGACGUGGACGUGGAAGUGGACUUGGACGUGGACGUGGACGUGGACGUAGACGUGGUUGUGGACGUGGUCGUGGACGUGGACAAGGACGUGGACAUGGACGUGGACAUGGACGUGGACUUGGACGUGGACGUGGACAUGGACGACGUGGACGUGGACGUGGACAUGGACGUGGACGUGGACGUGGACGUGGAGGUGGACGUGGACGUGGACGUGGACGUGAACGUGGACGUGGACGUGGACGUGGACUUGGACGUGGACGUGGACGUGGACAUGGACAUGGAUGUGGACGUGGUCGUGGUCGUGGACGUGGACGUGGACGUGGACAUGGACGUGGACGUGGUCGUGGACGUGGACGUAGACGUGGACGUGGUCGUAGACAUGGACGUAGACUUGGACGUGGACGUGGACGUGGUCGUGGUUGUGGACGUGGUCGUGGACGUGGUCGUGGACGUGGACGUGGUCGUGGACGUAAACGUGCACGUGGUCGUGGACGUGGACGUAGACGUGGACGUGGACGUGGACGUGGACAUGGACGUGGACGUGGACGUAGACAUGGACCUGGACAUGGACGUGGACGUGGACGUGGACAUGGACGUGGACGUGGACGUGGACGUGGACGAGGACGUGGACGUGGACAAGGACCUGGAUAUGGAGGUGGACAUGGACAUGGACGUGGAGGUGGACGUGGACGUGGACGUGGACGUGGACGGGGACGUGGACGUGGACGUGGACGUGGACAUGGACGUGGAGGUGGACGUUGACGUGGACAUGGACGUGGACGUGGACAUGGACAUGGACGUGGACGUGGACGUGGACGUGGACAUGGACGUGGACGUGGACGUGGACAUGGACGUGGACAUGGACGUGGACGUGGACGUGGACCUGGACGUGGACGUGGACGUGGAAGUGGACGUGGACGUGGACGUGGACGUGGUCGUGGACGUGGACGUGGUCGUGGAGGACGUGGACGUGGACGUAAACGUGGACCUGGACGUGGUUAUGGACGUGGAGGACUUGGAGGUGGACGUGGACGUGGUCGUGGACGUGGACAUGGUCGUGGAGGUGGACGUGGACGUGGACUUGGACGUGGACAUGGACGUGGACGUCGUCAUGGACGUGGACGUGGAUGUGAACUUGGACGUGGACGUGGACGUGGAGGUGGACGUGGACUUGGACGUGGACGUGGACCUGGACGUGGACGUGGUCGUGGACGUGGUCGUGGACGUAAACGUGGACGUGGACGUGGUCGUGGACGUGGAGGUGGACGUGGACGUGGUCGUGGACGUGGAGGUGGACGUGGACAUUGACGUGGACGUGGUCGUGGACGUGGACGUGGACGUGGACGUGGUCGAGGACGUGGUCGUGGACGUGGACGUGAACGUGGACAUGGUCGUGGACGUGGACGUGGGCGUGGACGUGGACGUGGACAUGGACGUGGACGUGGACGUGGUCAUGGACAUGGACGUGGACGUGGACAAGGAUGUGAACGUGGACGUGGUCGUGGACGUGGACGUGGUCAUGGACGUGGAUGUGGAAAUGGACGUGGUCAUGGACAUGGACAUGGUCGUGGUCGUGGACGUGGACCAGGACGUGGUCGUGGACGUGGUCUUGGACGUGGACGUGGACAUAGACGUGGUCGUGGACGUGGACGUGGACGUGGUCGUGGACGUCGACGUGGACGUGGACGUGGACGUGGACUUGGACGUGGUCGUGGACGUGGACGUGGACGUCGACUUGGACAUGGACGUGGACGUGGACGUGGUUGUGGACGUGGUCGUCGACGUGGACGUGGACGUGGACAUGGACGUGGACAUGGACGUGGACAUGGACGUGGACAUGGACGUGGACUUGGACGUGGACGUGGACGUGGACGUGGACGUGGACGUGGACAUGGACGUGGACGUGGACAUGGACGUGGACGUGGACGUGGACAUGGACGUGGACGUGGACGUGGACAUGGUCGUGGACGUGGUCGUGGACGUGGACGUGGACGUGGAAGUGGACGUGGACAUGGACGUGGACGUGGACGUGGACGUGGACGUGGAGGUGGACGUGGACGUGGACUUGGACGUGGACGUGGACGUGGACAUGGACAUGGAUGUGGACGUGGUCGUGGACAUGGACGUGGUCGUGGACGUGGACGUGGACCUGGACGUGGUCGUGGACGUGGACGUGGACGUGGUCGUGGACGUGGACGGGGAGGUGGACAUGGAGGACGUGGACGUGGAGGACGUGGACGUGGACGUGGAGGACGUGGACUUGGACGUGAACGUGGACGUGGUCGUGGACGUGGACGUGGUCGUGGACAUGGACGUAGACGUGGACGUGGUCGUAGACAUGGACGUAGACAUGGACGUGGACGUGGACGUGGUCGUGGUCGUGGACGUGGUCGUGGACGUGGUCGUGGACGUAGACGUGGUCGUGGACGUAAACGUGCACAUGGACGUGGUCGUGGACGUGGACGUGGACGUGGUCGUGGACGUGGAGGAUUUGGACGUGGUCGUGGACGUGGAUGUUGACGUGGUCGUGGACGUGGACGUGGUCGUGGACGUGGAGGACUUGGACGUGGACAUGGACGUGGAUGUGGACGUGGUCGUGGACGUGGUCGUGUACGUGGACGUGGUCCUGGUCGUGGACGUGGUCGUAGACGUGAACGUGGACAUGGAUGUGGACGUGGACGUGGACGUGGACAUGGAAGUGGACAUGGACGUGGACGUGGACGUGGACGUGGACGUGGACGUGGACAUGGACGUGGACAUGGACGUGGACGUGGACGUGGACGUAUACAUGGACGUGGACGUGGACAUGGACGUGGACGUGGACGUGGACGUGGACUUGGACAUGGACAUGGACGUGGACGUGGACGUGGACGUGGACGUGGACAGGGACGUGGACGUGGACAUGGACAUGGACGUGGACGUGGACGUGGACGUGGACGUGGACGUGGUCGUGGACGUGGACGUGGACAUGGACGUGGACGUGGACGUGGACGUGGACGUGGUCGUGGACGUGGACGUGGACGUGGACGUGGACGUGGACGUGGACUUGGACGUGGACUUGGACGUGGACGUGGACGUGGACGUGGACGUGGACGUGGACUUGGACGUGGACGGGGACGUGGACGUGGACGGGGACGUGGACGUGGACGUGGACGGGGACGUGGACGUGGACAUGGACGUGGACGUGGACGUGGACGUGGACGUGGACGUGGACGUGGACAUGGACGUGGACGUGGACAUGGAUGUGGACGUGGACGUGGUCGUGGACGUUGACGUGGACAUGGACGUGGACGACUUGGACAUGGACAUGGACAUGGACGUGGACGUGGACGUUAUCGUGGACGUGGACGUGGACGUGGACGUGGACGUGGACGUGGUCGUGGACGUUGACGUGGACGUGGACGUGGUCGUAGAUGUGGAGGACUUGGACAUGGACAUGGACGUGGACGUGGACGUUAUUGUGGAUGUGGACGUAGACGUGGACGUGGUCGUGGUCGUCCACGACGUGGACUUGGACGUGGACGUGGUCAUGGACGUGGACGUGGACGUGGACGUGGACGUGGACGUGGACAUGGACAUCAACGUGGACGUAGACGUGGACGUGGUCGUGGACGUGGACAUGGUCGUGGACGUGGACAUGGACGUGGACGUGCACGUGGACGUGGACGUGGUCGUGGACGUGGACAUGGUCGUGGACGUGGACAUGGACGUGGACGUGCACGUGGACGUGGACGUGGUCGUGGACGUGGAGGAUUUGGACGUGGUCGUGGACGUAGAUGUUGACGUGGUCGUGGACGUGGACGUGGUCGUGGACGUGGACGUGGACGACGUGGACGUAGUGGACGUGGACGUGGACGUGGAGAACGUGGACGUGGACGUGGACGUGGUCGUGGACGUUGACGUGGACGUGGACGUUGACGUGGACGUGGACAUGGACGUGGACGUGGACCUGGACCUGGACGUGGACAUGGACGUGGACGUGGACGUGGACAUGGACAUGGACGUGGACUUGGACGUGGACUUGGACGUGGACGUGGACAUGGACGUGGACGUGGACGUGGACAUGGACGUGGACGUGGACGUAGACGUGGACGUGGACAUGGACGUGGACGUGGACAUGGACGUGGACGUGGACUUGGACGUGGACAUGGACGUGGACGUGGACGUGGACGUAGACGUGGACGUGGACAUGGACAUAGAUGUGGACGUGGACGUGGACAUGGACGUGGACGUGGACAUGGAGAUGGACGUGGACGUGGACGUGGACGUGGACGUGGACGUGGACGUGGACAUGGACGUGGACGUGGACAUGGACGUGGACGUGGACGUGGACGUGGACAUGGACGUGGACAUGGACGUGGACAUGGACGUGGACAUGGACGUGGACGUGGACAUGGACGUGGACGUGGACAUGGACGUGGACGUGGACAUGGACAUGGACAUGGACGUGGACAUGGACAUGGACGUGGACGUGGACGUGAACGUGGACGUGGACGUAGACGUGGACAUGGACGUGGACGUGGACGUGGACGUGGACAUGGACGUGGACGUGGACGUGGACGUGGAGGACUUGGACGUGGACAUGGACGUGGACGUGGACGUGGACGUGGACGUGGACAUGGACGUGGACGUGGAUGUGGACGUGGACGUGGACGUGGAAAUGGACGUGGACAUGGACGUGGACAUGGACGUGGACAUGGACGUGGACGUAGACGUGGACGUGGACAUGGACGUGGACGUGGUCGUGGACGUGGACGUGGACGAUGUGGACGUGGUGGACGUGGACGUGGACGUGGACGUGGUCGUGGACGUUGACGUGGACGUGGUCGUAGACGUGGAGGACUUGGACAUGGACAUGGACAUGGACGUGGACGUUAUCGUGGACGUGGACGUGGACGUGGACGUGGACGUGGACAUGGACGUGGACGUGGUCGUGGACGUUGACGUGGACGUGGAUGUGGUCGUAGACGUGGAGGACUUGGACAUGGACAUGGACGUGGACGUGGACGUUAUUGUGGACGUGGACGUAGACGUGGACGUGGUCGUGGUCGUCCACGACGUGGACUUGGACGUGGACGUGGUCGUGGAAGUGGACGUGGACGUGGACGUGGUCGUGGACGUGGACGUGGACAUGGUCGUGGACGUGGACGUGGACGUGGACAUGGACAUGGACGUGGACGUGGACGUGAACGUGGACGUGGACGUAGACGUGGACAUGGACGUGGACGUGGACGUGGACGUGGACGUGGACAUGGUCAUGGACGUGGACGUGGACGUGGACCUGGACGUGGACGUGGACGUGGACGUGGACGUGGACGUGGACAUGGACGUGGUCGUGGACGUGGACGUGGACGUGGACGUGGACGUGGACGUGGACGUGGACGUGACGUGGACGUGGACGUGGACGUGGUCGUGGACAUGGACGUGGACGUGGACGUGGACAUGGACGUGGACGUGGACGUGGACGUGGACGUGGACUUGGACGUGGACGUGGACGUGGAUGGGACACGUGGACGUGGACAUGGACGUGGACGUGGUCGUGGACGUGGACGUGGACGACGUGGACGUGGUGGACGUGGACGUGGACGUGGACGUGGACAUGGACGUGGACGUGGACAUGGACGUGGACGUGGACAUGGACAUGGACGUGGACAUGGACAUGGACGUGGACGUGAAUGUGGACGUGGACGUAGACGUGGACAUGGACCUGGACGUGGACAUGGACGUGGACAUGGACGUGGACGUGGACAUGGACGUGGACAUGGAUGUGGACGUGGACGUGGAGGACUUGGACGUGGACGUGGACGUGGACGUAGACAUGGACGUGGACGUGGAUGUGGACGUGGACGUGGACGUGGACAUGGACGUGGACGUGGACGUGGACGUAGACGUGGACGUGGACAUGGACGUGGACGUGGUCGUGGACGUGGACGUGGACGACGUGGACGUGGUGGACGUGGACGUGGACGUGGACGUGGUCGUGGACGUUGACGUGGACGUGGUCGUAGACGUGGAGGACUUGGACAUGGACAUGGACAUGGACGUUAUCGUGGACGUGGACGUGGACGUAGACGUGGACGUGGACGUGGACAUGGACGUGGACGUGGUCGUGGACGUUGACGUGGACGUGGAUGUGGUCGUAGACGUGGAGGACUUGGACAUGGACAUGGACGUGGACGUGGACGUUAUCGUGGACGUGGACGUAGACGUGGACGUGGACAUGGACGUGGACGUGGACGUAGACGUGGACGUGGACAUGGACGUGGACGUGGACAUGGACGUGGACGUGGACAUGGACAUGGACAUGGACGUGGACCUGGACAUGGACGUGGACGUGGACGUGAACGUGGACGUGGACGUAGACGUGGACAUGGACCUGGACGUGGACAUGGACGUGGACAUGGACGUGGACGUGGACAUGGACGUGGACAUGGACGUGGACGUGGACGUGGAGGACUUGGACGUGGACAUGGACGUGGACGUGGACGUGGACGUGGACGUGGACAUGGACGUGGACGUGGACGUGGACAUGGACAUGGACGUGGACAUGGACGUGGACGUGGACAUGGACGUGGACGUGGACGUAGACGUAGACGUGGACGUGGACAUGGACGUGGACGUGGUCGUGGACGUGGACGUGGACGACGUGGACGUGGUGGACGUGGACGUGGACGUGGACGUGGUCGUGGACGUUGACGUGGACGUGGUCGUAGACGUGGAGGACUUGGACAUGGACAUGGACAUGGACGUGGACGUUAUCGUGGACGUGGACGUGGACGUGGACGUGGACAUGGACGUGGACGUGGUCGUGGACGUUGACGUGGACGUGGAUGUGGUCGUAGACGUGGAGGACUUGGACAUGGACAUGGACGUGGACGUGGACGUUAUCGUGGACGUGGACGUAGACGUGGACGUGGUCGUGGUCGUCCACGACGUGGACUUGGACGUGGACGUGGUUGUGGAAGUGGACGUGGACGUGGACGUGGUCGUGGACGUGGACGUGGACAUGGUCGACAUGGUCGUGGACGUGGACGUGGACGUGGACAUGGACGUGGACGUGGACGUGGACGUGGACUUGGACGUGGACGUGGACAUGGACGUGGUCGUGGACGUGGACGUGGACGUGGACGUGGACGUGGACGUGGACGUGGACAUGGACGUGGACGUGACGUGGACGUGGACGUGGACGUGGACGUAA